AUGUUCCGGCGUCCCCCGCGUAACUUCCGCGGCCGGCGGCGCGCGGCCUCCAGCGGCAGCAGCGAGGAGGAGCCGCAGCCGCAGCCGGAGCCGGAGCCGGAGCCGGAGCCGGAGCCGGUCGCCGCUGCCCCCCUGCCGCCAGCCCCCGGCCCCAGCUCCGACUCCGAGCGGGAGGCGGAGCCUGAGGAGGGCGAGGGGGACCCAGGCAGCGCCGCCGCGUCCCCCGAGGGAGCCAGGGUCGCAGCAGGGGGGCCGCUGUCCCCAGAGGAGCCGGCGGGCAGCCCCGGGGACCGGGAGGAGAGAGGAAGGGCGGCUACGGGCCGAGGGCCGCGCCUCGCCGGAACCGGGCCGGCGCGGGGGGGAAGGGUGCUGCUGAGCUUCGAUAGUGAGGAGGAGCGGGAAGGUAAGGAACUUUUUAAAAUCAAAAAACCAUCCUUUAAUGAAGUGACCUUUAGAAUUCAAAAGAAGGAAAGCCUGCUGUCUGCACAGAUAGAAAUUGAAGAAAGCAAAAAAAUCUGUCAGUUGGAGCCUAGAACUGGCAACACCAAAGGCACUCGUGAAGAAGAGGAGGAGAAGGAGGAUGGAAGUUAUUCUUCACUAAGUGAGGACUACAACAGCUCAGACUCUGAAAAUGAAUCCAUCUCUCUACAGAGCAGGAAGGAUUUAUCACCAGGUAAUAUCCCCAGUGCAGCUUGUAUUAAGGCUGCUCGAAGGAAGCGUCACUUAGCCAGGACACGGGCUGAUUAUCUUCCACUGGAUGUUUCAAACAGUCAUCAGAUCUCUCAGAGAAGAGAAAGCAGUGACUUAGAGAGUGAAGAUGAGUCUGAUAUGAAGAAUCUCAAUUUUGUUCCUAAAAUGAGAACUCUUAGGCAGAGGAUGACUGAACACAUGGUGUCUGUGAGUGAUCAAUCAAGUGAAGAUGAAGCACAAAUUAAGUGGGAAGAACAGCAAAUAAAGAAAGCCAUUAAACUCUCUCAGGAAAUUUAUGAUGAUGCUUCCCUGCAUAAAUCUCAACCAGCUAAACCAAAGUUUGAUCCCUCUGUUUCUCUGCCACCUGUGAACUUGGAAAUUGUGAAGAAGCGACUGACUGAAAGGAUAACAUCAUUACAGGAUGUACACCGUGCCCACCAGAGGGAGUAUGAAAAAUAUAUAGAGGACAUUGAAAGUUCAAAAAUGACUGUCCAGGAGUUAGAGAAGUCUUCGGAUGCAGCUCUGAAUUACAAAUUCUACAGAGCCAUGAAAACAUAUGUAGAAAACUUGAUAAACUGUUUGAAUGAAAAACUGAAAUACAUUAAUGAGCUAGAAUUGGCUGUACAUGUACUUCUUCAGCAACGAGCCAUGACAGUACUGAAACGAAGGCAAGAUGAGCUGAAAAAUGAAUCUGCUUAUAUUCAGCAUCUGACAAGUGGGAAUGACAAACCAACUAAGGGUGGAUUGGAAGGUGAUGAGAAAACACAGCUUCUGGAAAUGUGUGAACAUCGAAGGACUUGCAGACGGCAAGCGAGAGAGUGUUCAGGAGAAGCUGAUCACCAUGAAGGCAUGUCAAGUGACGAUGAGCUGACUCCGACAGAGGUGAAUGAGUUCCAGAAGAGCAAAGAUAACGUUUUAGAGGAUAGUAGGAAAGUCUUUGAAGAUGUACAUGCAGAUUUUUGUGACAUCAGAAAAAUCCUGUUGAAAUUCCAGGAAUGGAAAGAGAAGUUUCCUGACUCUUACUGUGAUGCUUAUAUCAGUUUCUGCCUGCCUAAGCUAUUAAAUCCGUUGAUCAGAGUUCAGUUAAUAAAUUGGAAUCCUCUUGAGGAGAAUUUCACAGAGUUGGAAGAGAUGCCCUGGUUCAGAGCUAUAGAAGAAUUCAGUGAUGCCAAAAACGUAUCUGAAUCAAAAAGGGAUGAUGAUCCUGAUCAAGAAGUUUUGCCUAGAGUGAUUGAAAAAACUAUUCUUCCAAAAAUUACAGCGUUUGUAAAGAGCGUGUGGGAUCCUUUAUCUACUUCUCAGACAAAGAACCUUGUACAGCUUUGCAAUAACAUCUUUGAAAAACAAGUCCUUUCCAAAAAUGAAUGCAGUCGAGCAAAAGAGGAUUUGAUGAACACGGUUGUCCUAAGAAUGAAGAAAUCUGUAGAGGAAGAUGUCUUUAUUCCUCUGUAUCCUAAAAGCACUGUGGAAGACAAGUCAUCACUAUGUUCAAAAUUUCAAGAAAGAUGUUUUUGGUCAGCUGUUAAGCUGCUCUCCAAUGUUCUUCUUUGGGAUGGGAUUGUACAAGAAGAUACGAUACGUGAUUUGGGACUGAGCAAGUUGCUGAAUCGUUACCUUCUUUUGAAACUUUUAAACACACCACCAGGGCCAGAUCAUAUAGAAAAGUGUAAUCAGGUGGUUGCGUGCCUCCCAGGAAGAUGGUUCCAAGAUCUUAAAAGUGGAUCAACUCUCCCUGAAUUACUGAACUUCUGCCAGCACUUGCUGCGGUGUGCCCGUACGCUACACAAGAAUAACCACAGUGAUGAAACAAAAGAAGUUCUUCUCCUGCUGGUGAAAGUCAAAGCUCUGCAUAUUGUUGAAGACUUCAUUGAAGAGUACAAACUUGAACACCUUAAAUCGAUGAUCGGGAAGUAGAAAUUUUUGAAGCAACAUUUAUAUUACUGAAACAAGCCUGCUGUUCACACUAGAACAGUUCUAAUAGGAAAUUUAAUUAGUGGAUCCUGCCUACUCAAAGACGUAGUGGUAAUCACUGUCGUACUGUUAAAUAGGGUUUUUUCCAAAUGUCUUCUACUGCCAUCUACUCCUAGGUUAAGGAAUCUUUUUAGAAGUUACAGUUGUCAAAGUAAAGCGAUGGUUCAGGCAUUCCAAAAUGUGUGACAAUGCUUUAUUGCUUUAUCCUUUUUGGAAGGAUUCCUGGAAAGAUAGAAGGUGCUUGUAAAGUUCAUCACUGCUAGCCAGUAGACAGCUUUACAAGCUAUUUUCAGUAUUAAUUGCUAAAUAUCACUCUGACUCAGCAGUCAUUGAGCUCUUCUAACUUGUGGUCCACAGUGAUUUUUGGUAGGGUUAUUGUUAAGCCAUCCCUAGUGAAAAAGAAUUUGUAAUGUUGCAGGGGUUUUGGCCCUGGUACAGAAAAAAGGGCAGUCAGUGUGCAGAUCAGGAGUUUAAUGAAUGUUUGUGGAUGGUAAAUGUGGGUUCAGCGAGGUAAGAAGUUGCACAGAACAUCUGGGGAAGAGCAAACGUAGUGAAGAUGGCGUCUUGAUGUGCGUUGGGAGUUUUGUACUGGAGUGAUGCAGACUGAACUCGUGUGCACAGAGCUGGAGUUGUCACACGUCCUGCUUUGGCAGGCUUUUAAUAACAGACAUCUUGAUGAUGAGAAGCACAAGAACAACUUCAGUUACUUUCUAGUAACUGAAACUAGGAAAGUCUUCCCUUUACUUCCCAGUAAGAUCUACCGAACCUUACUUCAUCAUACCCUUGCUUGAUUUUUAAUGUUUUAUAACUUUGUAUAUUUGCAAUAAAUAUUGUUAUAGAAUAACAAGGAUGCUUUAUUGUAGAAACUGUAGUGCAUCAUGGACUCUGUAUGUUUACUUGUGACUGUAUUUCUCCAAAAUCUUCUGGAACUAGAAUUUAACUCUUGCAGACUUAAUCCCUGUGAUUUAUUUUAUAUUUUUUAAGUUAAAAAUAUAUUUUUGUAAAGUACUUUAAUUGUAAAUAGCUUUGAUCAGUGCUACAGACAAAAGAGGACUUCUUAAAAUAAUUUUGUUUUGAAAAUAAACUAGAAAUAUUUUG